CGGUUAGGGCAGAGACGUCAUUGUUUCAUUGAUCUCGCGAUGUUUCCCCGCAUGAUGAGCUUUCGACGCAUUCUCUCGGACUGAGGUUGCCGGAGGAAGGCGUCUUGAGGCGGAAGGAGAGCUCGCGUGCGUGGUUAGCCCGAGAGAAGCUCUUGGUCUGCCCGUGGCGGGGAGGCGCCUGUGAGGAGGCCCGCCCCACACUAUGUGCGGCCGUCACCACCUCCUCCUCCUCCUGAGAGACUGAUCAGCGGCCGAGCAGCUCACAGAGCCUCGGCGGUGGGCUCAGGCGGCUGCGUGGCCGGCUGGCCGGCCUGGAGCAGGAAAGGACGGUUGCGCUAUGAAUCUGCACCAAGUGCUAACGGGGGCUGUCAACCCCGGGGACAACUGCUUCUCCGUGGGGAACGUCGACGGCCACCCUUUCACGGCUUAUGCAUCAGGAUGUGACAUAGUGAUAUUGGGUACAGAUUUUGAAAGAUUACAAAUAAUUCCUGGAGCAAAAUAUGGAAAUAUACAAGUGGGGUGUGUAGAUUGUUCCAUGCAGCAAGGGAAGAUUGCAGCUGCUUAUGGAAAUAUAAUUUGCAUCUUUGAGCCAGUCAAACAUCUAAAGCAGAAGAAGAAUCAUAAUUAUGGAUUAUCUUAUCAAUGGCAGAAUUCAGAUCAGAUUUGCUUGGAACAUGUUGUGCAUAAUUUAACCUGGGAUCCCACAGGCUCUCGUCUGUUGACUAGUUCCAGUUGUUUGCAGCUUUGGUCUAAUGUCAGUUUUGAAAAUCUGUUAGAAGAUGAAAAUCGUGAAAAAGCUGAUACUCAGAACUGGAGAAUCAUAUGGCAGAGCAAAACUGCUUCUCAAGUUCAUCUAAUGAUGUUUUCACCAGAUGGAGAAUUUUUUGCUACUGCAGGGAAGGAUGACUGUCUUGUAAAGGUGUGGUAUAACACUGAUUGCUGGAAAUCAGUAAUUGCAUCACAACAUACAACACCAGAAAUCACAGUGCAGGAACUCAGUUUUUCAUUUAUUUAUCUGGUUCAUCCUCGGUCUGUUGAUGGUUUUUCAUGGCGAAAGACAAGCAACUACAUGCCUCGUGGUGCUGUGUGUAAUGUACUGCUGACCUGCUGCAAAGACAAUAUAUGCCGCCUCUGGGCAGAAACUCUGUUGCCUAAUGAUAGCCUCUUAUACGAAGGUGGAUAUAACCAUUGGCCUGAGCCAGUGAAAUUAAAUAACUUUAAGAGGAAUGCUUCUAGCAAAGAAAGCAUGAAAAAUGCCUUAGAGUUAAAUCUAAGACCUUUCCGACGAGGAAGAAGAAGAUCAAUAGCACUUGCACAUACUGGAUACUUGCCCCAUCAGCAAGACCCUCAUGUAGUUCAUCGAAACAGCCCAUUGCAGUCAAAUGCACUUUGCCAUUUCCACAUUGCUGCCAGCAUCAAUCCAGCCACAGACAUUCCCUUGCUCCCUUCUAUCAUGUCUCUGAGUCUUAAUGAAAGUGAAGAAAAAAGUGGUCCUUUUGUAGUGCACUGGCUAAAUAAUAAAGAAUUACAUUUUACCCUAUCAAUGGAGGUUUUUUUGCAACAGUUUAAAAGAAAUUUUGAGCAUAUUUCCUCAGAAGCCAGCACUGAAGAACCUAAUCAGAUGACUUUCAAAUCUGAUGAAGUUCUAGAAACUGAUGACAGUAGAGAAGAACAGAGAAGAAAUCAAGAACAGAAAGAAUUUCCUGGUUUAAAUUCAAACUCCAUUCCCUUGUCUUCAGCUGUUAUUGAUCAUGAAAUUGAAAUACAACUAGCUGAAUGGAAUAAAAAUGCAGACAUGCUAUUUAGUAUUCAUCCUAUGGAUGGAUCAUUGCUUGUAUGGCAUGUUGAUUGGCUAGAUGAAUACCAACCAGGCAUGUUUCGUCAAGUACAGGUGUCGUUUGUUUCAAGGAUUCCUGUUGCCUUUCCUACUGGUGAUGCAAAUUCACUUUGCAGAAGUAUAGUGAUGUAUGCUUGUACAAAAAAUGUUGACCUUGCUCUUCAGCAAGGCAAACAAAAACCAUCUAGCCUUGGUCGUUCCUGCUCUAUGUUAAUUUCUUCAGGUCAUAGCAAAUCACCCAACAAUGUAAAACUAAGCAUCUUCACCCCAAAUGUUAUGAUGAUUUCCAAGCAUGCAGAUGGAUCUCUAAACCAGUGGCUAGUCAGCUUUGCGGAGGAAUCUGCUUUUUCAAAUGUUCUCAGUAUUUGCCACAAAUCACGAUACUGUGGACAUCGUUUCCACCUUAAUGACUUGGCUUGCCAUUCAGUACUUCCAUUGCUACUCACAACCUCUCAUCACAAUGCAGUGAGGAUACCAGUUCUUGAUAGCACAGAAGAGGCAUCUCCAAAAUAUCAAAAUAAAAGUUCUGCCUGCACAACUCAGGAUCUUACUGCAGUUUAUAGUGAACUUAUCCUCUGGAGAGUUGAUCCAGUUGGCCCACUGUCUUUUUCUGGUGGUGUUUCUGAGCUUGCAAGAAUAAAUUCUCUUCACGUAUCUGCUUUUUCAAAUGUGGCGUGGUUGCCUUGCCUCAUACCUAGUUACUGCUUAGGUGCGUACUGUAAUUCACCAAGUGCUUGCUUUGUUGCGAGUGAUGGACAACAUUUGAGACUCUAUCAAGCUAUAAUAGAUGCCAAAAAGCUACUCUGUGAACUGUCAAAUCCAGGAAUUUCUAAAUACGUUGGCAAAUUUUUUAACAUCAUAAGUCAGCAAUCUACAGCUAGACCGGGUUGCAUUGUAGAACUGAAUUCUAUUACAGAGCUGCAUGGUGAGAAAAUGCAGCUACUUCAUGUUUUUCAAGAAGAUUUCAUUAUGAAUAAUAAUGAGAAUAGAUUCUCAGAAAAAGAGUCAAUACUACUUGAUCCUGGAUAUCAGGAAAAUGGAUUUUCUGAAAAAUUCUAUUUAAUUGUAAUUGAAUAUACUCAAAACUGCUCAUUGUUACAUAUGUGGAAAUUACAUUUGAAAUCCCUACCAGUCUCAGUGGAUGAAAAAAUAGCUCCUAAGGCAUCUGAAACAACAUCUCAAGAACAACUGCAUUCUUCUCCGGACCAAGAAAAGCUUCACAGUUCCUUUACAAAGAAAUACCAAGUUUGCAGAGAUAAUCUUCAGAGUACCAGCCAAUUAGUUCUUUCUUCAGAAAUUGUCUAUAGUCGAGAACUGAAUUUACCAGAAGGAGUGGAGAUAGUAAGCAUUAAGCCAUCAGCAGGUCACUUAAGUUCUUCUUCAAUUUAUCCAGUCCACCAAGCUCCUUAUCUUCUUGCAACACUUUGCUCAGAUGGGAAAGUUAGGUUUUGGAGGUGUAGAAUGGCACAAGAAACAGAUGUAUUAUCGAAACCAGAGAAUACUAAGAACAGUGGUACGUAUGUAUGGGAAGAAUGGCCAUUGCUUAUUGAAGAUGGACAUCUUAGUAGCAGUGCCCUUGAAGUGUCUGGUUUAUCUCUUGAAAUUAGCUGCGCUCAUACAAAUCGUUUAGCUGUGGCAUACAAGCGAACACCACCCCAAAACAGUAAUUCUCAAGAUUUUUUUGUGAAUGUCGGCAUUUUUGAAUGUGAAUCUACAGGAAGCUCUUGUUGGAACUUGGAACAAACACUUCAUUUAGAUGAACUAAACCUAACAUUGGAUUCUCUGAAUGUCAAUAGUAGUUCAAUGGCUUUAGGAAAUAAGAACUUAAUAUUCAGAACAAAGCAUUUGGUUCAUUUAGACUGGAUGUCUAGGGAAGAUGGCUCUCAUAUAUUAACAGUAGGCAUUGGUUCAAAGCUUUAUAUGUUUGGUCAGUUGGCUGGGAAAAUACAGGAACAAAGUGCUAAGGAAAUGCUUGUACUGCCAGUAUGGGAAAAUGCUAAAACCGCUUGUACAUCUAGAUUUAUACUGUUACGAUGUGUGGAUUUGGUCUCAUCAGUAGAAGGUUCACCUCCUUUACCAGUUUCUUUGUCUUGGGUUCGUGAUGGUAUCCUUGUGGUUGGGAUGGAUUGUGAAAUGCAUGUUUAUUCUCAAUGGCAGCCAUUUUCAAAGCAAGAUCCCAUUACUGCAGAAUCUUACAGUGGUAGUACACCAUCUAUAACAAGUUUAGUUAAACAAAGCCAGUCUGGUGUUCCCCCGCUAAAGCGAACAUUAACCCGAUCUAUGGCUAGCUUUGCUCAAAAACUUGGUGGGAAACGAAAUAUAUUUGAUCUGUCACUGGAGAUGGAAGAUUCUGGUCUUUUUGAAGCAGCUCAUUCAUUAUGUCCUACUUUACCUCAGUAUCAUCCUGUGCAACUUUUGGAACUCAUGGAUCUAGGGAAAGUACGUAGAGCGAAGGCCAUUUUAUCUCAUCUAGUCAAAUGCAUUGCUGGAGAAGUUAUUGCCUUAAGUGACCCCUGCCAUGAGAAAAGAUAUCGCUCUCUCUCAAUCUGUGCUAGUGGGAGUAGUACAAGAGACCCUAUGACAUUUAACAGAUGUGUAAUAACAGACUAUACAGAAAUAGAUUCUGUUCCACCGCUUCCUUUGUAUGCAUUGCUUGCUGCUGAUGAAGAAUAUUCCUAUGCUUGUACUGAAAAGUCAAAUACUCCAAAGAACCUUAACAAACAUGUGACUGAUGAAAAUUAUGAGGAUCUAUUUCAAAAUUCCAGCCUGUAUACAGAUGAACUGACUACAAUUGAAGUAGAUGAAGAUGACAAAAAGCCAAAAGUUAUUGAUCUUUCUCAGUAUAAUCCAACUUACUUUGGACAAGAGCAUGCCCAAGUUCUUUCUCGUCACUUGCUUCAUUCUAGCUUACCAGGACUUACCAGGAUGGAACAGAUGCUAUUGAUGGCAUUAGCUGAUACAAUUGCCAUUACCAGUACUGAUAUAGGAGAAAGCAGAGACAGAAGCAAAGGAGGAGAAACACUUGACGAAUGUGGUUUGAAGUUUCUUUUGGCAGUUCGUCUUCACACUUUUAUGACAACUUCUCUGCCACCUGCUCACAGAGCUCAGCUAUUAUAUCAAGGUUUGUCUUCGAGUCAUUUUGCCUGGGCGUUUCACUCUAUUGCAGAAGAAGAACUUCUAAACAUGCUUCCUGCAGUACAGAAAGGUGAUCCAACAUGGUCAGAGCUCAGAGCUAUGGGAAUAGGAUGGUGGGUUCGAAAUACCCAUAAUUUGCGCAGAUGCAUUGAGAAGGUCGCUAAAGCAGCCUUUCAAAGAAACAAUGACCCUCUUGAUGCAGCCAUUUUCUAUCUUGCAAUGAAAAAGAAGACUGUAAUUUGGGGACUAUACAGGUCUCUAAAAGAUACUAAAAUGACACAGUUCUUUGGGAACAAUUUUACUGAGGACAGAUGGCGUAAAGCAGCACUGAAGAAUGCUUUUUCAUUGCUAGGCAAGCAACGUUUUGAACAUUCUACAGCAUUUUUUUUAUUGGCUGGCCACUUAAAAGAUGCCAUUGAGGUCUGCCUAGAGAAAUUAAAUGACAUUCAGCUAGCUCUUGUAAUUGCACGACUCUAUGAAUCAGAAUUUGAAACAUCUGGUACUUACAAAUCAAUUCUUCAGAAGAGAAUUCUGGGAAGUAAGCCUCAUUCCACUGAAAGUCCAUUAAAACCACAUUUUGAUCCUUUUCUCCGAAGUAUGGCUUACUGGAUUUUGGAAGAGUAUGGUCAUGCUCUUGAUACUCUUUUAAGCCAUCCCACUUUGAAUGAUGAAGAUGAAGGAAGCUUCUCAAACUGUAGCCCUUCGGUAUUUAAUUUUUAUAAUUAUCUAAGGACGCAUCCUCUCUUGCUGAGACGCCAUUUUGGGUCUUCUGAUUUAUCUUCCACAAGGAUAUGUGUAACAGGAGAAAAUGGGCUGGCAGAUGAAAUCAAUUUAGAGGAACGAAAAUUAUUCUUUACUGCAGCAUAUACUCAUUUGAAGUCUGGCUGUCCCAUGUUGGCUUUAGAAGUAUUAUCAAAGAUGCCUAAAGUGGUCAAAAAGUCAAAGUGUUUAAGAAGAACAUUAAGUUUAAGGAACACUAGUAAAGAAUGUUCACCCUCUUCUCCAAUGCCAGUAGAAUCUAAAGAUGACCAGUUUUUCAGGACUAACAGGUCAGAACCAGUGCUAAAUGGUUUAGGAUCAUUAUCAGAUGUUUCACCAGACAGACAUUCAGAUUCUGAUGCUUUGUUUGAUUGGAAUCAGCCAGCUGCAGUCUUACAAGAUGACCCAUUGGAAUUAAAGUGGGACAGUGACAAAGAUGAGGAAAGUGAGGAUUCUUGCCUUGUAAUGAAACCUUUGCAGCCCAAUACAGGUGAAAAAACAAAUGAAGUUAGUUCUAGCUGCACUGAAACGUACAGUUCAGGAGGUGAAAAUGAUGUCUUAGUUUCAUCAGAAGACAUAAUUUGUGUACAGCUGAAAUUUAGGGCAUGCCUGAAGAUUCUUACAGAGGAACUUCGAACAUUAUCCACGGGCUAUGAAGUAGAUGGUGGAAAAUUAAGAUACCAGUUGUAUAAUUGGCUUGAAAGGGAGGUGGUAGCCCUUCAGAAGACAUGUGAAUACAAUACUGAAGCAGAUGAUUCUCAGAGAGAAAUUAUCCCAGUAAUGGGUGAAAAUUCCUUAAGUGAAAGAGCUGAAGACUUGUCAGAUAUACAACUAAAAGAAAAUAUUCAAAGAAGACACUGGCUUAUAAAAUACCAAUCACUUUUGCGAAUGUUUCUUAGUUAUUGCAUCCUCCAUGGGUCUCAUGGUGGAGGCUUGGCAUCUGUACGAAUGGAACUGAUUUUGCUUCUGCAAGAAUCUCAACAGGAAUUUUCGGAGCAAUCGUAUAGUAAUAUUGUAUCUGAGCAGAGCACAAUACCUCUUCUUUUUGCCUGUACUGCAAGUGCCAAAACGGUGGUGGCCAACCCAUUAUUGCAUCUUAGUAACCUGACACAUGAUAUACUACAUGCUAUUAUUUCUCUUGACUCUCCACCCCACCCAGAGGUACAGAACAAUAAGAUACAAGUAAUGCACACAUUAGCAGCAUCUUUAUCAGCUUGCAUAUACCAGUCUCUCUGUGGGGGUCAUAACUACAGUGUAUUGCAAGCAAACCAAUUCACUGGAAUGAUUUAUCAGACAUUGUUGCUCUCUCAUCGGCAUUCUCUAAGAACAGCAAGUUCAGAUGAAACAGUAACACCAAAUACUACACCAGCUCAAUGGCCAGGAAUAAUGGAUUUAAUACAAUUGCUGAAUCAAGCUGGGGAAGAAGCUCAGUCUGGGAUUACAGUUUUGCUCUGUGAAAUUCUUACUGCAAUCUACCUUAGUCUCUUCAUUCAUGGUCUAGCAACACAUUCCAGCAAUGAAUUAUUCAGGAUUGUGGCCCAUCCCCUUAAUGACAAAAUGUGGUUUGCUGUCUUUGGUGGUGGUGCAAAGAUUCCCAAGAAAGGACCAAUUCAAGAAACAACCAAGAUGGGUAGGCACUUCUCUAUGCCUAGCCCACAUCAGGUAGUAGUAUUUUCUAUGGAAUGCGUGGGGUUUACCAAAUCUCUAACAACCAUCAAUACUCAUAGUCCUACCAAACUUGCAGCCUCUUCUCCUAUAGAUGAUGGUGAGAAGCAAAAUAAGCGGUUUAGACUGACAUCAAAAUCAUCAUCAAAAGAAAAUUCACCUACUAUUUUACCUGGAAAAGAACAAGACUUUUCUAUUUACAAAGAGAAAUUUAUUCCUCCUGAACUUAGUAUUUGGGACUACUUUAUAGCAAAGCCAUAUCUUGGAUCAUCCCAAACUAGAUUUGAAUAUGAUUCAGAAGAAAGUCAGGACAGCAGUGAUGAAGAUGAAGAUGAAGAUGGAGCGUUCUUAUCAGAUUCAAAACUUCAGGAACACUCUAACUCAAAUUCAUUUAGUUGGUCAUUGAUGCGCUUGGCUAUGGUUCAGCUAGUUCUCCGUAACUUGAAAAGUUUCUACCCAUUGGCUGGACAUGAUCUUACAGAACUUCCAGUUUGUUCACCGCUAUGCCAUGCAGUUCUAAAGGCUCUUCAGCGCUGGGAACAAGUUCUUCUCAGACGACUUGAAAUGCAUGGAGGUCCACCAGAAAACUUUAUUUCUAUUCACAUUUUACAAGAUGCCUCAUCUUCAGGCCCUGCACUACUUCGCCACAAAGCUUUGCUAGAGCCAACAAACACUCCUUUCAAAUCCAAAAGUCAUUAUGCAUUGUCCGUAAAAAGACUUUGGCAGUACCUCGUUAAACAAGAAAUGGUCCAAGAAACCUUCAUCAGAAACAUAUUUGCCAAAAGAAAGUGUUUAAAUGAGUCAUUAGAAGACCAGGCUGAAUUUACCAAAACUAGUUCAGGAGAAGAAUCAGGAAUCAAUAAGAUAGAGCAUGAUGCAGGAUCUCCUGGAAGUAAAGCAAGAAUUAUCCAUAAAGAAUCUGACAUUAUUACUGCCUUUGCUGUCAAUAAGGCCAACAGGAAUUGUAUUGCAAUAGCUUCAAGCCAUGAAAUUCAAGAACUGGAUGUUUCUGGAAUUUUAGCAACUCAGAUCUACACUUGGGUUGAUGAAGAUAUUGAAGUGGAAGCUAAAGGAGCUGAUGACUUCUUAGUUAUACAUGCUCGUGAUGACUUGGGAAACAUUCAAGGAACUACUCCUUAUACACACAGCACUCCUGGAACACCAAUCAAUAUGCCAUGGCUUGGCAGCACUCAGACUGGCAGGGGUGCUGCUAUGGAAUAUUCCAAUAAAUUUAAUGGAAUCAGAAAGGAAUUGGCAAGAAAAGAGAUGAUCAAGAAGAAUCUCAAUAAUGUCAGAAGAAUGGCUUCUCACCCAACACUACCAUAUUAUUUGACAGGUGCCCAGGAUGGCAGUGUAAGAAUGUUUGAAUGGGGCCAUUCUCAACAACUUGCAUGCUUUCGAUCUGGUGGCAACUCUAGAAUUACACGGAUGAGAUUUAAUUAUCAAGGCAAUAAGUUUGGGAUCGUUGAUGGUGAUGGACACAUAAGUUUGUAUCAAACAAACUGUAAAGGUUGCCUACAUAAUGGAAGCACACCCAAACCAUACCUGACAUGGCAAUGCCAUAAUAAAACGGCUAGUGAUUUUGUUUUCAUCAGUUCUUCAUCUUUGAUAGCUACUGCCGGGUUAUCUACUGACAACAGAAAUAUUUGUCUGUGGGAUACUUUGGUUGCCCCUUCUAGUAGCCUGGUUCAUGCAUUUACCUGUCAUGAUACUGGAGCAACUGUUUUGGCAUAUGCCCCCAAACACCAGCUAUUAAUAUCUGGUGGAAGAAAAGGCUAUACCUGCUUAAUAGAUCUUCGUCAAAAACAACAGAGACAAUUUUUCCAAAGUCAUGAUUCUCCAGUUAAAGCAAUUGCUGUAGAUCCUACAGAAGAAUAUUUUGUUACAGGAUCUGCAGAAGGAAAUAUCAAGGUAUGGAGUCUGUCUAAUUUCAGCCUUCUUCAUACUUUCCUCAAUGAACAUUCUAGACAAUCUAUUUUCAGAAAUCUUGGGACAGGUGUCAUGCAGAUUGAGACAGGACCAGCAAAUCACAUAUUCUCCUGUGGAGCUGAUGGGACAGUGAAAAUGAGAAUUUUGCCUGAUCAGUUUAAUUCAUUUGGUGAAGUGUUGAAAACUGAUGUGAAAUAUGUGUUCUAAAGUGCUGUUAGCAUAUGUAAAAUAUUAUAGAAUAUUAUCAAGCAUAAUUGUACAGGUAGCCCUAUAGUAAUAUUUCCUGGUGUUUAUAUUUAUUUCUUGGAGAUAUAGUCCUUAAUGCACUAAUGCCUUAAAGGUUAGCAAGUUCCUUCUUAUUCUGCAUAAGAAUAGUUUUUGAAGAUUCAGUAAAUAUUUAUUAUGUAUUUUGUUGAGUACUGUUUGUUCUUAAUUGAUAAUAAUGCCUCAUUCCAUGUUGUUGAGCAUGGUCUUUAUCACUUAAUUUCUAAAGACCGUUCCAUAAAGAAGCCUUAUAAUAUCAUCUCUUUUAGCUUGACAGAACAAUCAGUUGCCAAAUUCCUUAUUCUAACUGUAUAUGGGUUGUACUUGUGUAAAAUAAACAUACUUGACAUAAGCAGAUACCCAUGCUAUAUUGAAAUUUGCUAUAGGAAGAAAUGAUAUUAGAUGAGCCACCAUUCGUAAUAUUUUCCUGAAAUCUAGUUUGUUCACUUUUACAAUUUGAACUCUGUCUUUAGUGUGAAGAAUUAAAAGAUAAAAGUUUGUCUUGGAACUUUUCAUGCUUGAAUGACUGCUAUCAAGAUGGCAGUCUUUUCCUGGAACCAAGAGAUAUAAAGAAAAAAUAUAUAAUCAAGUCCUUAUUUAAAAUAGGCAAAUAGAGUAUGAAUAUCUAGCUUUCAGAUUGUUUUAAGAAUUAUAUUUAAAAAUGAUACAUAACGUUUAAAAUCCAUAAAAUUGAAUUUAAGUAUAUGCAUAGGAUAACUGAAUAAUCUGGGUGGGGGUUAUAAAAUCAUAUAUGCUUAAAUCAUUGGUAAAACACAGGAAAUUGACAUAUAAUGUUAUUUUCUCAGUAAAUUUUGUUUUCAUUUAAUCCAAACAUGCUUAUUUAAAUCAUAGCAUUUAGCUUUCAUUUCUGAAGUAAACAAAAUAAGAAAAGGUUGCAAAAGAGAACUGUUCUAAUGUAUGAUAAAUAGUAUAGAUUUAUAUUUUUUUAAAAAAUCAAGAGUUUGAAAUUUGUUUUUGUUAAAAUGUAAUAACUGUGUACACCUAAUUUUUUUGACCAAAAUAUAAAAAUGUACAAAGCUUUCAAAAAUUUUCUAUAUGCUAAAAUAGGCCAUGUAGUGUAAUUAUUUUGAACUACUCUUAUUUUACUCAUGUAAAAGUCUCGGAAAAAAUUGGAUUGGAGAUAGAUUACUUAAAUGCAAAUUAUAAACAGUUUACUAAAAUAUUUUUGUGGAAAAACUGUCAAUACAAUUCAUGUGAAACAGAUUUUGUCUGGGAAUAGAUGCUGUAAAUAAAACAAAAGUGAAGGGCUUGUAUAAUUAAUUUUGUACUAUUCUCAGGACACUACUUUUAAAAGUAAUAUUUCUUACUUUUUAUAGAGCAUUUUAAAUGUAAUUUUAGCAUAUUUCUAUGCAAGCAUUAAAUAAGGAAACAAGUGUAAACAUAAUCGAAAAUACAUUUGUGCAAUAACCUAGGCCAGUAAUGGCUAACCUUUUUGGGCACCGAGUGCCCAAAGCGCCCGCACAUACCCAUAAUGCAAUGCAUGCACAACUCUCCUGUGUGCCCCACCCCCACACAUGCACGUGUGACACCUCCCCACGUGUGCCCAAUGCCCAUGUGCAUGGGCACGCAUCUCCCGCAUACGCUCUGGCUCCCGCACACCAUGGCAGAGACCCAAAAACCAUCUGGCGGGAGGUGCGCAUGCAUGCGGAGCUGAGCUGGGAUGACGGCUUGCAUGCCCACAGAGAGGGCUCUGCGUGCCACCUGUGGUACACAUGCCAUAGGUUCGCCAUCACGGACCUAGGCUAUUCUUAUAAAGGAAAAAUGCCUAGCAGCAUUUUAAAAGAGCUAGUGCAGCUAUUUGAUGCAGUGAAUUAAAAUUUUGAGUCAGUUUGCAGGUAAUGCAGUGGGAAGAAUAUAAAUUGCAAUGCUAAAUCACAACAAUGACACUGUGAAAAUAGCUUUAUACAUUUUAGGUCCGUUCCACAUAUAUUCAGUUGCUUGCUUAGAAAGAAUAUGUUUAAUAGCCCAAUCCUGUAAUUGUUUAGGAUGUAUGUAUACGCUUGGGGUCCUGAGUCAUCAACAACAGUAAUGUUCUGCUAUGUUUGUAGGAAAAUUACAUUGACAUAACAGCUAGCACUAGUAUUUAGGAAGAGAUGUUAAAUGUUAGUGUUAUAACCAUUUAUUUCAUCGAAGAAUAUUAAAACUAAUUCUGCUGCCCUUCAUAUUUCAUUCAAAGAUUAAUGUGGAAAAAAUCAUUUUAACGCUUAGUAUAUAAAGACUGAUUUACUGAAUUUUAUAUCUGAAUUGCAAAAUCCAAAAUUAUACCAAAGUCUUAAGAGUUUAGCUUACUUGUAAUUCAAGCUCCUUAUAUUAGAUUUAACUUCGGAUUUUGAGAAAGGCUAUAAACUUUAGUAAACUUUUUGAUAAGUUGCACUAAGUUUAAGAUUCCAAAAUUGUGGAAAGCUCUGCAUUUUUUACUAGAACGGCUAGUGUUUUCAUUAAGAAUAUGCUUAAUUUAAUAUUUUUAAGACUGUCAUGUAUUUAGUACAUAUCUACACAAACAACCAUGUACAACUUUUAUGAUGCCAUAGUUGCUCAAAACUUUAUUUGAAGGCUUAAAGAUUUAAGUUAUAUUAAAAUGUUAUGUGCCUCUUUUUUUUCCAAUUAGUAUCUAGAGAAUGUUUUUCCCAUUAAUGUACUUCUCCCUUUUGUUUUGUUAGUGUACCAAAUGAAGUAGAUGGAAUUUUCUAUUUUUCUAAAAGCGUAUUAGAAGUUCAGUUUAUUUCUUCUAUAAUUAAAAAGGCAAAAUAAUAAAAUGCUUAAGCAUUCUACCACUAGUAACUGCUCAAAAAAUAAUAGGAAAGAGUGGUGCAAUUGUCAAUAUUAUAGUUGCCAUUAUUAUGAUUCUGUACAUUUCUGUGUGUACAAAACAAAUGACAAAGCAUAUGCAUAGGUUUAGAACCCCCAAAUAAAAUUUAUCAUUAGCUAA